GCAUAACCCAAUUGAGGAAUUAAUAGAACUGUUCUGUUAUGUCGUAACAAUACAUGUUUGUUUUGUUUUUCCUAUAGGUUUUUGUCAUUGUCACUGAAAUACUGUUUGAUUUCAUGACAGGAAUUAGUGACAUUUUUGUGGUUAAGUGUUUUAUUUUUCAUCUGCCAUUAUUUUUUAAUUGGAAGUGUUUUUUUUUAAAUGUUCUAUUAUAAUAAAUUCAGUGUUUAUUCCGAGAUUUUUAUAUUAACAUUUAUUGUAUUAUGAUCUCCAGACUUCAGCUGUGGUGAUGUAUUAUAUUGUUGGAUAACACUGAUGAUAGUCGUUGAAAUUGCACUGAAAUGUAUCGUUUUUUAACGGAAAUUUCUGGUUGCUCUCAAUAAAUUGAAUUAUAAUGCAUCCAGUAAGGAGAAGAAAGAAGAGACCUAAUUAUGGUGUAAGGACAGUUGAAGUAAAAAGAGGACAAAAUGGCUUUGGAUUUACUAUAUCUGGACAACAUCCUUGUAUUCUUAGUUGCAUUGUUGCUGGAAGUCCUGCUGAAAGUGCUGGACUGAGAGCUGGUGAUUAUUUGGUUGCUGUGGAAGGACAAAGUGUCAGUAAAGUUCCUCAUGAUGAUGUUGUUAGGCUAAUUGGUUGUUCUAAUGGGGUCCUAAAGUUACAAAUUGCUGAAAAUUAUUAUUCCGAUAGUUCAGAUGACGAUGUUCCUGUAAUGAUGAGACAGAAACCGAAGUAUCCCCACAAAUAUUUAAACAACAGGCAUACUGAAACAUUGCAUAAUAGAGGCAGUAAAAUGAUUAGAGAUAUCAGAAUGAAUAAUAGUGUAUUCCAAACAAGAAUGUCUUGCCCUCUUUCACCUCCAAGAAAUGUCAAACACCCAGAUCAGUGGAAAUUAGAGAAUCAUAUUCCUCCACCUAUAUCACGAUAUCAUCAUCGUGCUUCUAGUUGUGAUGAACCUAAUGUUAAUGAUGUAGAAGUUUUUCGUGCUAUUGUGGGUUAUGUUGGAACUAUUGAAAUGCCUCGAAAAUUACCUGCUGGAUCCAGGCUUCAGAUUGUACGUGGUUGCAUCAAACGGUUAAGAGCUGAAAAACGAUCUCACACCUCAGUUUUGAUGACUGUUAUGACUCAUAGUUUACGUCUCACCAAUGGAGCUGGUAUAACAUUAGCUAUAUAUCCUGGUAAUAGAGUUAUAUUUUGUGGAGCUAGUUCAGAUAAGGAUCACAAACAUUUUGGAGUGGUAACUGCUGCUUCUGGAGAAGAUCCAUCUAGUUCAUGUCAUAUAUUUGCUGUUGAUGCUCGUCCUCAUUCUAAUCAUUUUAAAAGAGCUAAAAUAUUUAAAAUAGAAUGUCAAACUGAUCCAGUAUCAGGAAUGUGUAAAGAAUUCCCUCCUAAUUGUGAUCCAAUCAUAGCUGUUAUAAAGGGUUUUUAUGAAACUGAAGUUAAUGCUGAGGAGCCAAUUGUUGCUAAUUCUCCUCAGCCAAGUCAUGAUAGUACAACAACGACCAGUAACAGUGAUUCUGGUAUAGGAUUUAGAGAUGACUGUGGCAAUCAGUCUGAUAGAAUAUUAGUUGUUGAUGUACAGAAUCAUCGAUUACACAUCCAAGAAGUUGAUAAAGUUGGCAAUAAAGCAGAUAAAGUGACAGUUCAUGCUAUACCUAGUGUAGCUGCAGCUAGUAUUCGUAGCCGAUCUCCUUUGAGUACUGGUUCUGAAGGUCCUGCUUUAGUUGAAGAUAUGAGUAUUAGUUCUGGUGCUACAAAAAGUCCAGAUGUCACUGUUAUUCAGCAGAAUAAAAAAUCAUUCUGUGAAUUGAACAUUAGUGUGAGAUCUGCUGAUGAUAUGAGUAUUAGUAGUUCUAGAAGUCACGAUGCUUUAUUAUUUCCUUAUAAGUUAAGUCCUAAAGCCUUUCCGCUUUCUCCACCUACAUCACAAAGUUUAGAAGAUUUAAAAGAGCCUGACAUUACUCAUUGCUUACCUAGAAUUCACCAACCUCAUUGGGGCAGCCUUCAAGAUCUAAGGACUUUUAAUACCAAUUGCUUUGACGGAACUUCAGCAUCGCAGACACUGCAUGAAGGACAUGAGGAAGGAGUUUCUGGUUGGGCUACAUCAUUUGAAAAGCUUUUGGAGGAUCCAGUUGGAUUACAUACAUUUGCUGAAUUCUUGAAAAAGGAAUUUAGUCAUGAAAAUAUUUACUUCUGGGUAGCAUGUGAAAAUUAUCAGCUAAUGACUGAUGAAUCUGCUCGUAAAGAAAAAGCACGUGAAAUAUUUGAAAGACAUCUUGCUCUUGGGGCAUUAGAACCUGUUAAUGUUGAUUCAUAUGCCCGUCAAGUGACUGAAGAACAAUUAGACAAAGCCUAUCCAAAUCUGUUUCUUCAGGCUCAGAAACAAAUAUUUAAUUUGAUGAAGUUUGAUAGUUAUCCUAGAUUUCUUAAGUCUGAACUUUACAAGGAAUGUGUUGUACGUGUUCUUGCUGGUGAAGAACUCUCUUUACCGAGUAACAAUGGUGGUUUACAUUUAAAUUUAUCCCAAGUUCAUUCCAAGUUGAAAAAGUCGAGAAGUGAUGCUGAUGAAAGAAGGAGAAAAUCUCUCUUGCCAUGGACCAAGAAAACUAGGACGAAAUCAAGAGAUAGAUUUGGAGGAGUUUUUGAUCAUGACAAUAGUUCUGUGAGUAGUAGUAGAUCUUCUUUGACAACUUGGGACCUGUCGCUUUCUUCAGGUCUUUGUCGUGUUAUAUUACCUGAUGGAUCUACUGCUGUAAUUCAUACACGCCCAGACCAGACUGUCAGAGACACGGUAUCACGUCUGUUACUUAAACGCACUCUCAGCUAUAAUGAUUUUCAAGUUUUUCAUAGCUAUACCAAUAAAGGUGUCCAGCAACCUACAAAGGAAUUGUACGGACACCUCAACUCUGCCUGCCUGCUGGGGAACUUCAGUCGUUUAACUUAAUAAUGUAAAUAUAUUUAUAAAUUAUUAAUAAUUGUCGAUUGAUGGUUAACUGUAGUGAAUAAUUGAAGAGAAGAAUGGUUGGAAUGAUCAGUAAAAAAAAAAACACAGUAAAAAUAAAUAAUUAUAUUUAUUUUUAUAUUUGCCGAUGUUUCAAACAGUUUCUUAGCCCAAAGUUCAAGCCUUCAUCAGGGUUAAGAAAAAAACAGAUAACAAUAGGUAUGAGAAACUAUAAACAUUGAAUAAUAAAGAAUUCAAAUAAAAAAGGUGAAAUAUAAGACUAAAAAAUUCAGUAAGAAUAAACUUAAAGUAAAAUAAAGUAGAUACAGUGAACAUUAAAGUAAAAUAAAGUAGGUAUAAUAAUAACAGUAACAGAGAGCAAAGAAAUAACUAAAAACGGUUACAAAGUAGGAACUAGUGAAAUAAACAUAAUCAAAAUAAGGUAACAUAAGAAAUGAAAAAUUUAUUAACAACGAAAAGUAGUGGACUGAAUAAGAUAACAAACGUAAGUGUAGACAAAAAAGAAAUAAUAAAUGGGGUGAUAUAGUUGCUAAAAUAUGAUGUAAUAGUAUGUUAAAAGGAAGUGCGAUAAUCAUAGAAUAAAAUGUAAAACAAAGAAAAGCAAUAUGAAGUUAUAUAAGGAAAUAAUAGAUAUAAAUAGAAAAUUAAGAUAUUGUAAAAUUUAUCAAAACAUACUGACUAUCUAUUAGAGAAUAAAAAGUUAAAAUAAUGUAAAAAAGAUGGAAGAGCAAAUGUAUCAAUAUACACAAAAUAGAGAAGGAGAUAUAGAAAAGAGAGUGAUGGGAAAAAGGAAAAGAGGAGAAAACUAAGAUAACAAAGAUAAAUUGGCAAACAUAUAGUUUCUCGUAGACCUGGUCAAGUGAAGAGGUGGCACAAGACAGACAUAUUUAGGUGAAAAAAGAGUAGAGCUUACAUAGCUCCAUCUUUAACGGUUAACUGAAAUACGUGAACUAAAGCACAGAAAUGUAUAUAAUGGAUGAGAGGUAUGUUAUAGAUAAAUUCUAUAAGUUAUUAAAUAAAUGCGUAAUUGCAAGAGAAUGGAAAUAUGGUAUCUGGAGAUAGUAUAAAACAGAGAUAAUAAAUAUUAAAUAAUAAUAGAGUAUUACUGAAAAAAACACAAAACUUGAUAUUAAAGAAAACAAAUUAAAAUUAUAGUAGUAGUAUAAUGUUUUUUUUUCGGUUGGCACUACAGACCAUGAAGAUCUUUGGCCAUGAAACGUCCGUUUGUCCUUACAGACGUAUAUUGCUUGCGGGAACUCAAAUAGCCUGGAGGGGGUCACCCAACUUCACAUUGCUACAAACCAUGGUCUCUCCAUGGUGCAGCGGCAGGCCACCCGUAGUUCCAUAGCCGACCCCGUUGGGGCCAAUCUGGCAGUGUUCUUCCCACCAACUCACUCCGGUUCAAAGACAGUGACAAAUCGGUCUAGAUCCAUGGAUUAUGGCUGCUCGGAUUCAGCAGGAGCACGAGAACCUAUAUUUCUUUCUCCGAAACAGACCGUCCAUGGACCAAACCUCAGAGGGGCUACCAACAUCCUGGUUAACCUCAUCCCGAUUCCUGAUUUAAGUACACGGGGUAGGGUCAUCAGUCCUAUGCCCAGUCGGUGUGAGUUGCCUCCAGUAGCCUGACGGGCCUCACAUACCCGGGGGAAAGAGACUCGGGCAGCGUGGCUUUCUCUGGUGGAUGGUCACCCAUCCAAGUACUAACCACGCUCGACUUUGAUUAACUUUGAUUACCUAUUGCAAGUGCCUUAGCCUGUAGAGCUAUCCCAGCCCCCAGUAGUAUAAUGUAAUAUAGUAUAAAUUAAGGAUAAUAUAUUAUAAUAGUAUAAAAUAGAAUAAAUUAAGGAGACAGUAUGAACGCAUUAUUUUUAUUAUAUUUAUUUCAUUAGUUCCUACUCUGUAACUGUUAUCAGUUAUUUCUUUGUUCUCUAUUACUGUUAUUAUUCUAGCUACUUUAUUUUACUUUAAAUUUAUUCUAACUACAUUUGUUAGUCUAUACCUUUCACCUUUUUAAUUUGAAUUCUUUAUUAUUUAAUGUUUAUAGUUUCUUCUACCUAUUAUUAUCUGUGUGUUUUUUCUUAGCCCUGAUCAAGGCUUCAACUUUGAGCUGAAAUGUCAGCAAAUAUAAAAAUAAAUAUAAUUAUUUAUUUUUUUGUUUUGUUUUUUUUACUUAUCGCCCC